CACAUUUAAUUAAACUCAAACAAUAAUUUGGAAACUUUGAUAUUGUUUAAUGUUUCAUACUUUCAUUAGCGAGUCCGCAUACAUUAUUAUUACUGUUUUUCUUUUUCAGUAUCUUUAUCACAGAUUUACAUAUGAAUCUGCUUCGCUUUCUAUCUAUACAUACGCAAUUACACAUGAAAUCUGUAGAAGAUAUGCCUGUAAAUUGCAACAGUAUAUCAUGGGCGAUGACGAUGACGAUAGCCAUGGAAAGUGGCAACUCUGACAGCAAUCACCGAAUCGAACUCCUAGGUUUUGUAAUUGUUCACCCUAAGAUGGCUUGUGCUUCUUCGAUCUACCACUCGACGAUUUUCUCCGCCGUCGAUUGGAGAUGCCCGGCGGCGCAGCAGCUGAUGUCAGAAUAUCAGAGUGGCUCUUUAUCACCGUCGUCCAUUUCUUCAAUCGGUAAAAACAGCGACGAGUUCAGGUACGGGGAGGACGACGGAGAUGAGGUGCGGAGUGGGUAUAGAGGAGGGCCGUUGGACCGUUUAAAUGCUUUAGAGGAAGUUUUGCCUGUGAAGAAAAGCAUAUCGGACUUUUACUGUGGUAAAUCAAAAUCUUAUAGCAGUCUAUCUCAUGCAACAUCGUGCUCGUCUACUGAAGACAUCACUAAACCAGAAAAUGCAUACAGCAAGAAUCGCUCUGAGAGCAAUAAUGCUGAAAUUUCUAGCUCUAAUCCGUCAUCACUGAGUUGUUGCCUUCCUCUUUCGCCAUUAAGUGCAAAAACAGCUCUUCAUGGUGAGUUUUCUAUGUCACCCUAUGAAUCUAAUUUAUGCUUGAUGUUCAUGGAGGUGGAGACAUUUGUACCAUCUUUCAUGUUUUAUAAUCAUGUGGAACUGCCCAAUGUAGUUAGUGUCGAGCUCUUCCACAAUGUAAUUUCUGAAAUAUACUUACUUUCGCAGAGAGGGAUUGUAUAACUUCUCAAAUUCUGUGUUAAUACCCCUGAAAGUUCCUUGAGCAGGUAAAUACGCUUGCCCCGGAGAAAGUCAGAAUUUCCUUGAAGCUACCAUUGGAGUUAUGCUGUUUCUUGAAUGAGCUGAACUACUGCUCUCCUCUACGGUCAAAGAAAGGUUGCAAACUGCUAUAAUAAAGGCUGCUUUCCAUAAGAAGCUUUCAUGAUCUAAUAUAUCUUCUUCGUCCUCAUUCCUUUUUUAUUUCUGCAAAUCCUCUUAGAUUAUUUCAUCAAUCAAAUUUCAAUAUGUUAGCCAGCUUGAGAUGUACGUUGGUUGCUGCCAGAAUCUGACGACUUAGGGGACUUUAUGGGCAUCCCCCGUUGGAUAGAAAUUUAACCUUCUUUACUAACGAUGGGGAAUGAAGUUGUUGAGUGUCACAUUCAUAUUUUGCUCCUUGUUGAUGUUCUAUGUAAGGUAUGACCUCCUACCUAGCUUUUCACAACUAAUUCUAGCUCGGGUUCAAAAGUCAGUUUGAUCAUUUUUAUCUUUGUUCAUGCUUAUCUUGCUUGCUUUACAGACUCACCAUAGAAUGUCUUCUCUUGACAGUUUUCUCUCUUCUUUUUCCCCCUAAAGAGCAUGUACUUAAUCAGCUGACUCCAUUUGGGCUUACUGGCAAAUAUUAUGUUUACCAUGACACAUCACAGUGAACCUUAAAUUCCGACUUUAUGUGACAUGAAUUGUGCAAAAUAAUGAUAUUUAACAUGCACAGCCUUUUGAUAUAAAAGAUUGGAUUUCCCUUUAUGUACUUUCUAACACGAGUUGUACGGAAUAACUUCGCACGUGUUGUCGUAUUAGCGCCAGAGUUAUAACUUUUAGUUACGACGUACAUAAAGACAAAAAAGACAAAACCUUAGAUUGGAUUUUCCUUUUUGUACUUUCCGAUACUAGUUGUACCGAAUAAACUUCAGUCGUUUUGUCGUAUUUGCCCCAGAGUUAUAAUUUUUUAGUCACGACGUACAUAAAGACAAUAAAGGCAAAACCUUAGACUGGAUUUUCCUUGUUGUACUUCCGACACUAGUUGUACGAAAUAACUUCACACGUGUUGUCGUAUUCGCGCCAUAGUUAUUAUUAUUUUAGUUACAACGUACAUAAAGACAUAAAGGCAAACCCUUAGAUUGGAUUUUCCUUGUUUUACUUUCCGACAUUAGUUGUAUGGAAUAACUUCUGACGUGUUGUCGUAUUCGCGCCCGAGUUAUUGCUUUUUUAGUCACAACGUACCUAAAGACAAUAAAGGCAAAACCUUAUACACGCAACAGUUGAGAACAGGAUAAUUUGUAAAAGAAUAUAACAAUUUUGUCGUUUUGCAUCACGAAUUCUUUUGAGAAUCGUACCUACUGUGGCGCAUAAUUUGUACGGAAUAACUGCAAAAAUAUGUCGUAUAUGCGCUGACUUAAACUUUUGAAAGUCAUUUAUUGAGCAUAGAGAGCAGAUGUUAUUAUGUCGUCUAAAUCAUACACGUGACGUAUGAAGAAAUUGGUUUGGUUAAUGGAAAUACUUAGUUGUGUGAGAACAGGCUAUUAUUUAUGAUUAACAGAAUUACCGCCUUUUUUUGUUCUUGUCGGAAAGACAGUUCACAAAAUAAACUGUACAGGGAAUCUUUGUUUUUCUAACGUCUUAGCUAGACGACAAACACUCUCAUAAUAAAGCUAUGAUACGAGUAAACUUGAUUAACUAAUUAACGCCGUAUUUUGAUCAUAAGCUUCAGGUUUCUAUGUUUAGGGUUUUACGACUAUCCAAUUAAAUAACAAGUAAAACUCAACUUUUCACUGAGCUACGGAUUUUAUUGAUGUUUAUUCAUCAUUUGUAGGUAUAUAGGGGGACUACAUUUCUUAACAGCUAACGUCUUUAGCAUCAGUUGUAACCGAAGAUACUUUAGAUGAGGGUUUAUUACUUUAUGUAUUUUUGUUAGAUGUCACUCAGUUUUAUCAAAAGAUACGUAAUGAAAAGACAGAAAGCUUGUAUAUUUCAUAAUAAUUUAUGGUGUGUCGUUAUCGGCUAAUGAUCUCUUUUUUUUUUCUCCCUCAAUUCAGUCCCAAAAAAGAAAUUUGAGUCACAAAAAUGUGAUUCUUGAUAUUUUCCCUAUGAUUUAUGUGGGAAUUCAAGAAAUCGGAUUACUAAUACCUCCAUGGUGUGGUAUUAUCUGCAUCUGAAGGAUGAGAUUACCAUUCACAGAAUAAUAUUUUAGAUAUCAAGAAUACCACUGUAAUCUCUCUAGGUUUUCGUAGAGAGGAUUUUGCUUUUCAGGCAAAUUGUUGAGUUCUUUGUUUUCUUCGCCCUGCCUCGUUGAGUGACACGUGUCAAAUUUUCUCUGGGGCUACUUCGUUGACUGAAACGGAAAUUUCAUGAAUUCCUGGGCUUAUUACCAUAAUCCCCGGUGAUAACAUUAAUCACCACCUACUAUAGAUGAUUUCUGUGAGUGAUACCAACUCAUCAUAAUUAUUACUUGUUCUUUUGUGAAACUAAUUGAUAAGCACAACGUCAUGAUUUUCUCACCUGUAGCCUGAAUAGCCCUUGCUCCACUGCUAUAUAAACCGGUGUUGUGGGUGUACAGUUCACUCGCAACAAAAAGAGAUUCUCUAUACAAGAAAGAGUUUUCUCUUCAGGCUUUAUCACCAUGGAUGGAAGAAAACUGUAUUCUUUCGACACCCUAAUGGAUGGAACCCUAGUCGACCGAACAGAAAUUCCAGUAACACUUGACCAAUUCAGGCUCUUUUACAGUAUCGACCGAGACCUCUACAUCAUCCUCGUUAGGGAUCUUUGCCGCAACCCUUCAGAGAGCCUCAUAGUAAUGGGGCUAUGGCUUUGGCUCGAGCGCGAGGGCAUAUCUAGUGUGAUUAGUAAGAUCGUGCCGCUCAAUCGAUAUGCGAUUGAUGCGCUCGCUGACGAGGCUGUCACCUGCAUCGACCUGCUGACAGACGGUCCCCGUGCCCCACCCGAGGAUGGCCCCGCAGUUGCCUUGAUUCACAGCCUGGUGAAGAUAGCAAUCUCUCUUAACUACCUGCGCGAGAACCGCGUCACCGUGUACAACGAGAUCCAGGGCUUGGUGAGCCAGGUUUACAUCCUGGCGCUGGCAGACUUAAUGGAGCAGGCCCUCCACGGUGGCUUCCACCAGGUGUCGGCGGCCCGUGAUGCUGCAGGCCCAUCUAGGACCCAGCCCGAGGAGUCAUUGGUUCUUGAUUUUUCUAGACUGAGCAUCGAACGGGAUUCAGAUGAGAGGCGACGAGUUUCUGAUGAGGGGACUAGGUCUGGUAGGACCAUGUUUGCGACUUUCUCGAGGGGCUAUCCGGUGACGGAGGCUGAGGUGGUGAACUUCUUUACGAGGAGGUAUGGCGACUGUAUCGAGAUGCUGCUCAUGCAGGACGUGGGGCCCACCGAGCAGGCUCUAUUUGCGAGGAUCGUCUUCUUCGAGGAGGAGCUGAUCCGGACCAUUCUGAACGGGAAGGAGAAGGCGAAGUUCACCAUCAAUGGGAAGCAUGUGUGGAUGAGGCAGUUUGUGCCGAGGAAUUGAAGGGGGUCGUUUGCUAGCGGUGGCGUGGCUGUGAUGAUGUUGUUGUUGUUAUUCGUGUGUGUCGUUGUUGAUUUCGUUUUGCUGUGUUGUUGUUGUGCGUAGUAAGUGACUGGCGUUCGGUAUAGUUGUGUCAUUUUUUCUGUGUUUGGGUGUUUGUUCUUUUGUUUGUUUUGUUUGUUCUUCAGGUUUAAUGUGUUAGGUCAAGGGUAAGCACCAGACUCUUUCGAUUUCAGUGAUGAACGGUUGCAACUUUAAUUCAUGCUGUGCUGUAAAAGGUGUUUGGUGCGUGUUAUGUUAUUUUGCUUUCUAGAGUCAAUGGAAGUAUCUUUGUUUUUCUUGUUUUA